AUUAGGCCAGCGGCAGCGACACUUGUUAAAGCGUAGCUCGAGGAGGAUGGCACGAGCCGAGGAGCCUUGCAAAUAAAGCCACACCCCUGUACCAGCCGAGGCAAAGAGGAGAGGUCGAUGCCGAUGGAGGAGCACGUUGUAGCUCUGCUGUUUCCUCAAAUGGCUUCCACCCACAUAGCUCUCCACUCCGCCGCGACUAGAUCCGGUGCCCGUAAUCGCACUAGCAGUUAGGUAGGUGCCUGAUCGAAGUGGGGUCACGUCCUUGUUUGCCGGAACGAGCUUCUGAUCGGUCUGCGAACCUGCGACUGCCGGAGUGUUCGUUCGUACGUUAUACGGUCAGCAUCAUGGCCGGGAUGCUCCCUGGCGUGGAGUGCGCGCGGCGGCGGCGGAUGUGGCAGGGCGGGGGCACCGGGGCGGAGCAGACGGCCGGGGGCGCGAGGCGGCUCUCCUUCUGCCUCUACGCGGCGGGGCACGGCGCCGCCGCUCAUCACCACCCCGUGGGCGCCGGCAAUUCCGGCAGCAAGAGGAGCGACGCCAUGGAGCUCGUUCACGGCUGGACGCUGGACAGCAAUGCCCGGGAGGCCAAGGAGAGGCUGGAUCAGAAGCUCAGGAGCAAGACGGCAGACACCGUCAUCAAGAGGCAUCACAGCACCGGGAGCCUCAAGCUGAGCAGAGCAAAUGGAAGCGGCGCCGGAGCCGGAGGGGGCUCGGGCGUGCAGCGGGAGGUGUACUCGAAGAAGGGCGUGAUGAGGCGGCUGAUGCGGUGGAGCCGGCUGCGGUGGGAGGCGGCCGAGCAGGCGGAGUGCGCGGUGUGCCUGGACGAGUUCGCCGCCGGCGAUGUCCUGGCGCACCUGCCCUGCGGCCACCGCUUCCACUGGGCCUGCGCGCUGCCCUGGCUCGAGGGCGCCGUCUCCAACUCCUGCCCGUUCUGCCGCGCCGCCGUCGACACCGGCGCAAACGCCGCCUCCUAGCGACACCGCUGGGCCGUUGGUUUUGUGCCGGCCGACGUCGCAGGCUAGGAUGGCCGGCCGGUCGGCCGUUGGCUCGCCGCGCACAUGAUCACGCCACGGCAUAACUAUGCUUUGCGAUCUGAAUGUAUUGGAAUGCGUGGGUGAAGAAAGCCGCGAAAACCUCGGCGCGUGGCAUGCUUUUGGGUGCAUCCGUGCAUGAUCCGUCCUGCCAUUUCAGUUUUUCCGGCAAGGAGGUUGUUUUGGCGGGUGAGUGUACAUGCAUGUAACCGUUGUGUCUUACAUCAUCAAUCAAGAAAAAAGAUGUAGAUUAUGAGCUUAAUUAGUCAA